AUGGUUGUGAUAAGUGGCGCAACGCUAUUCUUUGCGGUGAAAGAGAAAGAGAAGGAGUUUCAUUUCCUGGUGUUUACAGCUGCGCUGCUUACCCUCAGUUUUUUUUUCGGUGAACUAUUACGAAGGUUGUCCCUGUUGUCUGAGGAGUUCAAACACAAACGCACGAGAUAUCAAAGAAAGCCCAGAUUUCGCCAUUUUGUCUUUUUUGAACUGUUUCGUGGUUCCGCAGUUGUUGUACCAAGUGGGUGUCCAACAGCUCUCUCCUGUGGAAACAUCGGAUUUAGACGAAAGAGGAAACAAGAAUGUGGCUGA